CUUUUUAGUGGCACGCCAGAAAUCCAAAGCAGGUCUGAAAAAGCUCUUCUUCAGGAUGCAAAUGCCAAAGGACAUACUUUUUUAUUCAAAUUUUAGAGCAGGUCUGGAUGGAGAGCCUGAAGAUGACAGGCAGCUUCUGGUCCAGGAACAAAAGGCUUGUCGAGCUCGAGCCCGUCAGUACUCCCUGGAAACAAACCGGCGGAGAAAGGCACUGGAGGACAAGAGGAGGCAGCGGGACAUUCAGGAGCAGAGACUGAGAGAGAAAAUCCUCCAGAAGCGUAAGCAGAGACUGCAGGAAGCCACAGAGCGUUUUCAGAGGGCUCACCUCCCUUUGUCCCAGAGGACAAGACCAGCCUCAAGUACAAGAGCACCUAACUUGGAUGAAGCACUCAGUUGUAUUCAGGGGGGCCAAACCCCCUACACUCAUGGCUCUUCAUUCUUUUCUGGCACUUCCACCAUCAACAACUGCAAUCCCUCCCCUAAACCCCCAGGGGGCUCCAGCGGUCCUCGGAGCCUGCGCACAGUUUCUGCAGCUCAGGCCUUUGGCAAGCUCAUACAGGAGAGAAGCCUGAGUGACUUUAAAACCAGCCAGCCUCUCUUUAUGAAACAGCUGCAGGAGAAUCUAGUAAAGGCUCAAGAACAAACACAGGACCACAUUGUCACUCAAAUUCGCCAUGCAGAAAGUCUGUUGAGCCUGGACAGUUUGGAGAAAGAUGUUCCACAACAUGGCCCUGGCAGUAAAACUGACAGCCUGGAUCCACCAGAGGUCCAUGACACCAGAAUACUAUCAAUGCAGAGGCAGCAAAACUACGCAAAUCCACCAUCUAACCCCUGUCCACCAAAGAGCUUCCUGGAGAAGGCAAUAAGUCAGCAGGUUCUGCCUAGUUCUUCCAGUUCUUCAUCACCUUCACCUGUGGAAGAUGAAACAUUUCAUGAGGUCCAGAGUGUCCAGCAUUUCUUAAAAGAAGUAGAGCAGUGCAAUAUAACAGGCCUGUCCAAGAUGUCCAAAAUCCAAACUACACUUCCCUGCCAAAUGCAGGUGCUUGCAGGUGCUUCUGGACAUACAGCUCAGCAGCAUGGAAAAACCACUCAGGAAAGCAUAUUGUGGGACAAAAGCACGGUAGCAGCCCCCUGCAAAAUUCAGACAGUCUCAGAUACCAUACCUCUGGACUACUCAAGCGUGGAUCAACGGUCCAACAAUGGUGCUGGUGAGUUCUCGAAAUGCACUAAGCAUAAGUCAGAGAUGCAAGCUCCCCAGACCGCCGGCAGAUGUUUAUACAGCGGUGCUUCUGAUCUGAACAAAGUCUCUCCCAGUUUGGAGAACUCAGUCUCACAGCCAAUAGAAACGGAGAAUUUGAGAAAUAUUGAAAAAUAUAAGACAGCAGAUAAUCCAAACUUAACAGAUGAAAACAGUGAUAGCAGACUGGCAAAGGACAUUUUGCCUAGUUCUUCCAAACUGAUAAAGGGGCCAGAUGAAUCACUUUUGGACUCUUUGACCAACCAUAUUGACCUCAAGAGCCGCAAAGUCCGAUUUCUGAAAGGAAUUCUUAAAAAUUGUAUAGCGGACGGAGAUGCCAAUUUUAGUUACACCCAAGGCCAUUUUGCUUUCAGCAAACAAGUGGCCAUAGCUGUUAGGGACAGUCUGGAGCUCACUCGGUCUAAAGGCUCUGACAACGAGAGCAACAAGUGCAUUAAGAAGAAACUUCGCUGGUUAGAUGAGGUGCAUAUUGAUGGAGGAGGAAAUAAGGACAUAUUGACAAAAAACUUAAGCAAGCUGGCAGAAACUAAAAGCAGAUUAACUCAACAAGCUCAACAGCCUUUAGUGAAUCAGCAGCAGGGAUCAUAUCUUUUAAGAUAUAUGAACAUACCUGCAGAUAUAUCAAAGAACAAUAUGACUUCCUCUAGUCCAGGUGAGCCCAACUCAACCAAACAAGCAUGGUCAGAUGUUGGGUGUCAGAAGGAAAAGCAGCAGGAACUGACAGGGGAAUCCAGAGCAGAAAAAGCAGCUUCCUGUGCUGCUGGAAUGGCUCCCCAACAGGCACACUCAGGCAAAACUGGCAUAGGCACUAUUUCAUCCCAUGCCCGGAGGGGUAUCAUUAUCAGGUCACAAUCUUCCAGUCAGAUUCAGCAUGUGAGCAGAACCCAAGGGAAGGUCCUGGUGCCUCGGCCUCCUCCAAGACCUGAGGUAACCACCAAAACAGGCAACAACGAUGAAUGUUCCCAAGAAAAAGCAUGUUUGGCAGCGGAGCACAUUCUAUAUAAGGACUAUCCAGAAGUUCAGCCUGCACCUCAGAGCAACAUUCUCAAAACAGAUGAUGGCACUAUAUUGGCCCCAGGUCAACAUUACUAUGCCUGCAUGUAUGAGACCAUGUCUAAAGGUAACUACAACCUGUGCCAAUCAGAGGGGCAGGUAGGCAGCACCACUAACUGCUUUCAGAAAGGUAUUUUGGAUCGUACACCAACUGAUGAGGAGAUUUCCCUGCUCUGGAAUGGAGUGCGUACUGCUCUAGCCAGCAAAGAUGGUGACUCUCGAAGCUUGCAGACUCACAAUGGACCAUUGUCUGCUUUGCCUCAAACUCAUGCCAAUUUGUCCCAUGUUACUAUCAAGGGUGAUAGCCUGUUCAGUGGUGUCAAGGCAGUUGCAAGAAUGGGUGGCUUUUUCCUGUCAUCUAACCAUGCAAGAAGUCCAGUGCGACGACCUGCUCUGGAGAAUGAUAUGGUGAAAAACAGAACUCCAGCAUUAGGUUACAGGAAACCCCCUGUUCUUUAUCAGGCUAUAGUGCCAAUAACUGCAAGCAAAACUGACCAGAUGGUGCAUGAUCAAGUUUCUGAGGCGAUAGACGGUGAUGAGCAGGUCGCUUUCCACUCAGCUCAUUUCCAAAGAGCUGCUGAGGUCCUGCAGUCACAGCGAGGCCUCAGUGCUCUCUCCCUGGAGGAACAGAAACUCCUGCAAUCACUUGAUAGGCUCAACCAACGCCUGCAGUAUGUGCAAGAUGUGGCUGCAAGGAACCCAGGACUGAAAGGCAUCGUUGCCUUGGACCCGGCAUAUAACCAGUCUCCCCAGCCUGGCGAGCGUACACGUGCCACCCUGCACAGGUACCAUAGUGGCCCAGCUGACAGCCGCACCCACCCUCACAGACGCUACUGACUUCACCUCCAUACAGACGCCCUUCUAUCCCAGCGUGUCCCUUUUAAUCCUUACUGACAAGCACUUUAUCACUUUUACACUCACUUGAAACCAGCAGGUAGUCAGUAUUACACCACAGACAACCUUUUCAGAUUUUUUAUUUUUUUUUGAAAAGACUUUUUUGUUCUAUUUCUGAAAUAAAAAAAAAAGUCUGACAUAUUUGCGAUGUAAAGUGGUGUGAAAAAGUGUGUGCCCUCUUCCUGAUUUUUGAUUUUUUUUUUGCACGUUUGUCACACUUUAAU